GUCUGAUCUAGGAGGGAUUAACAUCCGUUUGCACCCAAGCUAGAAUGAGAGAUAGAGGGAAGGCAUAUUAGGUCUGGAGAGAGAGUAGAAGGAUGGUCUGAACAUUCGGGGGUCCUGGAGCCAAAAGGUGAAACAGGAGUUUUAGAGACAUAAUAUUUGAGUCUAGGAGGGGACCAGAAUCUAAGAGAGAAGCCGAGGGGGAACCAGACUGUGUCUUGUCACCAGAGCAGCCCACCAGUGCCUGACUCGUUAACCUUCCAGUUAUUUAUUAGGCACGUAUCAUAAGCGAUUUAGCAGCACUUGUUCUGUGAAUGAAAAUUCUAUCACAGGACGAGGAAUAAUGAAAUAGUAAGAAACAGAGAAAGAAAUUUGAGUCUCUCAGAGCUCAUCUUUUCCCCAGGUUAAGGAGUGCUAAAGUGUGAAAAGAGGGGAAAUCUCUGAGGAACUUCACCCCCUGGGCAGGAAGUCAAAGAAACCUCGGAGUCCUGAUUUCAGAGAAAUGUCAUUUGUCAUCAACCCAAGAAAAGGAGUUUUUCUCUUCGAAGACCACCACAGGCCCUUCCUGGGGUUGCCCCCAUCAGAGCCUGAUGGGAGGAUCUGAGUCACUCACAUACCCAGUCCCCAGUGAUGUCCCAGAUGACAGGGGUCAUUCCCACAGAGCAGUUGAGGCUUCCUAGUACCAAGUCAGAGAGAGGGAGGAGGAGGCAUGCUUUUGGCCCUCCUUCACUCUCUCCUUAGAAUGCAGAUGUUUCAGUCCUUUUUAGUUUUGAGGUAGUAGAAAGAGCUUCCAGCUGCUAGAGAUCUACUGACACCUCUAAGAAACAGAACUAAUACUAUUUGAAUGAUGCUAUGUACCGAGAAACCACUUUCACAUACAUCAUGUCAUUUCAUCUUCACCCCACCUCCAAAUGAGGUAAGCAGAGGUUAUCCCUAUUUCAUGGAUGAGUUAACUGAGGCUCAGAGAGGUGACUUGCCCAAGGUGACUCAACUAGUAAAUGGCAGAGAUGAGACUCAAACGCAGGUCUGAUUAUCCCAAAGUUCUUAUUGCUUUAGAUACACUUCUUUGACUAGGGGUUCACAAAUGAAAUGAGACAGGAGGUUAGGAGGCAGAAUGCCAGGGCUCUGGAGGGGAGAGUGGUCUCUCCUGGAGGAGUGAAGCACAGCCAGGGGUAUAAAACCACACCCCUUGGAGGACUGUGGCAGACUGAUACUUGGGACACCCAAUGGAUGACUGUGAGGUCAGGGGCGGGGCUAGCUCCAGGGUGGGGGUGCCCAGGAGCCCCAACAGCAGUUCAGAGCAUGCGGUGUCCAGGAGGAAGCUACAACCGGCUUGAGAAUAUGCUGUUCCUGCCUCCCCUUUUCACCAUGGACCCCACAGUGUGGCCCUUCUCUCAGAACCUCUGAGAUUGGUACCCAGGCAAGGCACAAUGCCCACGUCCCCAACAAGACUGCCUAGUCCCUAUGGCUCUGAUCGGCUGGUACGGCUAGCAGCCAGGCUCCGGCCAGCACUAUGUGAUACCCUGAUCACAGUGGGGAGCCAGGAGUUCCCUGCCCACAGCCUGGUGCUGGCAGGUGUGAGCCAGCAACUGGGUCGCAGGGGUUGCUGGGCUCUGGUGAAAGGCAUCAGCCCUUCCACCUUUGCCCAACUUCUGCACUUUGUUUAUGGGGAGAGCCUAGAGCUGCAACCUGGGGAACUGGGGCCCCUUGAGGAGGCAGCCAGAGAGUUAGGGGUGCAGUCCCUGGAAGAGGCAUGCAUGAGGGCUCGAAGAGAUACGGCCAGAGAAGAGCUGGGUCCAGGGCUGAAGGAACAACAGGAGGAGCCAGAGAAACCCACAAGGGAUUCUAUGAGAGGAGUGCGGGGCUUUGGAGAGAAGCAGAGACCACAGAAGUUUGUUAGAGCUGGUGGGAAAGAACAGGAGACGUUGCACAGGCACAGGCCACCAAGAGAGAGCCCUGAGAUGGCAGAGGCAACUCUGGAGGAGCAAGGGGAGCAGAUGAGACCAGAGGAGAAACUCAACCAAUCCCCUGUUGGCCGCGGAGGAGUAGAUGGGAAGCAAGAAGUGAUCAUGUGGGUGAGGGACAGUCCAGGGGGCUCUGAGGAAAGUCUGCGGGAGUUCCCUGGCCCCCUUCCCCCACCAGGUUCCCUCCAAACCGGCAUCACCCCUAGGCCCUGGUGGGCUGAGGCCCCUUGGUUGGGGGAGGGCCAGCCUGCCCUGUGGAGCAUCCUGCUGUUGCCGCCCAGAUAUGGCACUCCCUUCUCCCAUAGCACCCCCAUGACUGCAGCCCAGCAGGAGGUCUGGCCUCGGGACCAGAGGAUCCCACUGUCCCUGAGCCUCCACAAAGGCCUCUGGAGCCAGAACCAGUUGGCCUCCUGCAGCCCCACCCCAGGUUCCCUCCCCCAGGGCCCCACACAGCUCAGCCCUGGGGAGAUGGAAGAGUCUGAUCAGAGGCACACAGGUGAACUUGCAACCUGUGUGGGUCAUGUGGGCACAGCAAGCCACCCAUCUCACCAACACCCUCCCCCACCCCCUCCUGCUCGGUCUCGGCCCUAUUCUUGUUCUGUCUGUGGAAAGAGGUUUUCACUCAAACAUCAGAUGGAGACGCACUACCGUGUCCACACAGGAGAGAAGCCCUUCUCCUGUAGCCUCUGUCCCCAGCGCUCCCGGGACUUCUCAGCCAUGACCAAGCACCUGCGGACGCAUGGGGCCGCACCCUACCGCUGCCCUCUGUGCCAGGCCGGCUGCCCCAGCCUGGCUUCAAUGCAGACGCACAUGCGCGGCCACUCGCCCAACCAGCUCCCGCCGGGAUGGACCAUUCGCUCCACCUUCCUCUACUCCUCCUCCUCCUCCUCCUCGAGGCCAUCUCGGGCCUCGACCUCUCCUUGUAGGCCCCCUUCCUCAACCACCUGACAGGGUGUCAGUAGCUUCUUUGGCUUCAGCCAAGCGUACAGAAUGAAAGAUGGGCCGGCGGGCCUGCUAGGCUUCUGACCUCGCACCGCGGCUACGGCCGCCUAGCAAACUCUGCUCCAAGAAGCGUCGCAGCAGGGGCGCCAAGAGCCCUCUCCCAGAUGACCGCGGGCCACAGAAACCUGGGCCAGCGAGCCCGUGUGGGGUGAGGGCAGUGAAGUGUGCACGAGUGAAGGUUAACUGUGCGGGGACUGGCGGUUCAUCACCAAAAUAAAGAGUUUCCUGUGCCCUCCU